AUGGUUAAUAUCACAGACUUCUUUGGUAAGGAUAAGAAGACAGGCGGUGGUAGACGUUUAAGACCGUCAUCAUCAACAUCAUCGUCAACAGCUGCUAAAAAAACUGAACCAGAGGUUAUUGAUUUGGAUGAGCCUGAAUCUGAAGCAACUGUGAAGAAAGAAGAGAAGAAGAAGUCUUCUGAGCCCGUGAAACCCAAGGCUAAUUCCAAACCGGCUUCAUCUGGCAGUACCGGCUCUACUAAUCCAGUCACGGCCCAAGAUGUACUGGCAAAGAUACCUGCAGUUGAUCUUUCCAAUGUUCAUGUCAAGGAAAAUGUUCAAUUCGAUUUCAGAAACAAUAACAACGGUAAUGAUCAAGAUGUUCCUAUGGGAAGUGCCGAUGAUUUCCCGGAGGGUAAACCUAAUUGUCUCUUGGGAUUGACUUUAGUCUUUACUGGGACACUGCCAAAUAUUGAAAGAGGUGUAGCUGAAUCAAUAGCGAAAAGGUAUGGUGCUCGUAUAACCAAAUCAAUUUCCAGCAAGACAUCUGCAGUAGUAUUAGGUGAAGAAGCAGGACCUAAAAAAGUGGAUACUAUUAAAAAAUUGGGCAUUAAGGCAAUUGAUGAGGAAGGAUUCAAGCAACUGAUAUUAGGUAUGCCAGCAGAGGGUGGUGAUGGGGCACUUGCAGAAAAAGCACGUAAAAAGAUCGAAGAACAAGAGAAACAGGCACAAAAGGAAGCCGAUGAGAUGGCUAAAAAGGAGAAGGAAAGAGUUCAAAGAAUCGAAGCUGCUCAGAAAUCAGGUGAGAGUGCUAAACAGAAUGAUUUGGUUCAUGAACAAAAUAAGUUGUGGACUGUCAAAUAUGCACCAACGAAUUUACAACAAAUAUGUGGUAAUAAAGGUGCUGUUACAAAGUUAAAGAGUUGGUUAACCAACUGGGAUGAGAGUAAGAAAAAUGGAUUUAAAAAAUCAGGUAGAGAUGGCUCGGGUGUGUUUAGAGCAGCUAUGCUUUAUGGUCCUCCGGGUAUUGGUAAGACGACGGCGGCCCAUCUAGUUGCAAACGAACUUGGAUACGACGUUUUAGAAAAAAAUGCAUCUGAUGUCCGUUCAAAAUCGCUAUUGAAUGUUGGCGUGAAGAAUGCAUUAGAUAACAUGUCUGUGAUGGGGUUUUUCGAAAACAAGCACAACGCUCAAGAUGAUAACAGUAAAAAGUUUGUUAUUGUUAUGGAUGAAGUUGAUGGUAUGAGCGGUGGUGAUAGAGGUGGGGUGGGUCAAUUGGCUCAAUUCUGCCGUAAGACUUUAACACCUAUGAUUCUAAUUUGUAAUGAACGCAAUAUACCCAAAAUGAGACCAUUUGAUAGAACUUGUUUGGAUAUUCAAUUCAGAAGACCGGAUGCCAAUAGUAUAAAGGCCAGAUUGAUGACCAUUGCCGUAAGAGAACGUUUUAAACUUGACCCUAAUAUUGUGGAUAAGCUGGUACAGGCUACUCGUGGUGACAUUAGACAGAUCAUUAACCUGCUGUCUACGGUAUCAAAAACAACAAAGACGAUUAAUCAUGAAAAUAUCACGGAGAUAUCACAGGCAUGGGAGAAAGAAAUUGCAUUGAAACCAUUUGAUAUUGCGCAUAAACUUCUCGAUGGUCGUAUAUAUACAGAUGCUGGAUCCCAGACAUUUAACUUGAACGAUAAGAUUGCAUUAUAUUUCGAUGAUUUUGAUUUUGCACCAUUGAUGGUACAGGAAAACUAUGUGAAUACUAGGCCUUCCCUUUUACAAAGUGGUGAAACUCAUUUGGAAGCUAUAGCUAAAGCCGCUGACAGUAUUUCAAUGUCGAAUUUGGUAGAAACUAAAAUUCGCAGUAGUGAACAACUGUGGAGUUUACUUCCAUUACAUGCAGUGCUUUCGUCUGUUUAUCCCGCUUCCAAAAUUGCUGGCCAAAUGGCGGGCAGAAUCAAUUUCACCAGUUGGUUAGGUCAAAAUUCUAAGACUAACAAAUACUACCGAUUAUUGCAAGAACUACAAUAUCAUACUAGAUUGAGCACUUCGACCAAUAAAGUUGGCUUAAGAUUAGAGUACUUGCCAGCUUUGAAAAAGAGGUUAUUGGAUCCAAUUUCCAAGGAAGGCUCUGAGGGUAUCGAUGCUGUGAUUAAAGUUAUGGACGAUUAUUACCUGACAAAAGAGGAUUGGGAUACGAUAAUGGAAUUCUUAAUUGGACCUGCUAGUACAGAUGCUGCAUUGAAGAAGAUUCCUACCCCUGUCAAAACAGCAUUUACAAGAAAAUACAACAGCACGACUCAUCCCGUGGCAAUCUAUAGAGCUGGUACGACAACUAUGGCAUCAUCAGCUUCUGCAGACCAGAAGCCCGAUUUUGAAGAUAUAAUUGACGCCGACGAUGCUGCACCACCAGCAGAAAAUGAGGAGCCUGAUGAAGAUGCAGAUUUGAAGAAGGAUAAACUGAUUAAACAAAAGGCAAAACCUUCCAAGAGAAAGGCGACAAAACCUGCAUCGGGUAAAGAAUCUGCACCAAAGAGAAGGAGAACGAAAACUUGA